UUUCCAACAAUAAAAAAAUUCAGCAUUAAAACUUCAUCAUCAAAAUACAAAUCUACUCCAGAAACCACAAAUCUUGCACGAGUAGCAAGAUUAAUCCUCGGUCCUCUUCAAGACCUGCUGCGUGAUAUUCUUAGGAGACACAUCACACCUUCUAACUUAUCAAAUAAAGUUAGAAAGUGGAUCAAUGAUCCAAAAAAUAAAAAAAUGAAAAAUCAUCUAAAUAGACAACAGGCUGAUCUCAUCUUUCCUCUGCCAACCAAACAAUAUGCUAGGGAUUAUACUGACUUUGAUGUUAGUUUGCUGUAUAUUCUUCUACGUAAUGUGUGUAAUAUACCUCCUCACGUUAAAGGAUGGGGGGAAAUUCCUGAUUCAGUAGACAGAAGUGUAUCUGCCAAUAUAGAGAGGAUAAGGCUGACGAGAAACAAGUACUAUGGACACGCAUCAGAUUUCUCUCUCUCGGAUUCAGAUUUUAAGCAGGAAUGGCAAAGUAUUUACGAUAUUACUUUGGAAUUAGAAGGACACUUUGGGCUUUCUACUCUUUACCAAGAUGCUGUCAACGAUAUUAAAUCAAGUUCUAUGGAUCCAGAAAUAGAGAAAAAAUACAUUGAUAAACUUUUGCUUCUUGAUGAAGUCUACCAUACUAUUAAAAAGCAUUCAGAACUGCAGAGUCAGAGUGUAAUCCCAAAAAAUGUUAAGGUUAUUCAUAAAAAUGAAGUGUCACAGUGGGAAGAAGAUGAUAAAGUUUUCCACGAAUGCCAUAACUUCCCUGCUAUGCUGGAAAAGGUGAAAAAUCAGACUCAUGUGACGUUUGUUGGUGUCCCAGGAUCUGGAAAAACAGCGACAUCUCGUCACAUUGCCCUGAUGUUACAACAUGAAGGAUAUGAGGUUGUACCUAUGAAUGAAAUAAGAGAGAUAAAGCAAUACUGUGAUCCUUGUAAUCCACAGGUUUUUGUCAUUGAUGAUGUGGUAGGUGUAUUUGGACUUCAAGAGACAAAAUUUAACCUUUUCUACGAUUACCAGCAUAGAAUAUCGAAUCCGUUUAUGUCAAAGUCAAAAACUCUCAUGACAUGCAGAGAAGCUGUGUACAGGAAAGCAAUUGAAUCACAAUCAUUUUUUAAGGAUGAAAACAAUAUUGUUCUGUUACAUAGUGAAGCUAAUGCAUUAACUAACUCUGACAAAGAAAAUAUUCUGAAAAAAUACAACAUCGACGUAAAUCUGUUGUGUCCUGCAAAUUUGAAAUCUGCAUCAAAAAUGUUUCCUUAUCUUUGCAAACUGUUUUCAACGGAAAAGAAAUUCCAGUUGUAUGGAUCUGUAUUUUUUGAAAAUCCAGUUCCGUGUCUUUUAAAGGAACUGGAAAAAGUGAAAAAGCAAAAUAGAAUCCAUUAUGUUUCUUUGGUUUUGUGCAUGAUGAAUGACAACAAAAUAUCGAAAAAUAUCCUUGAAGGAACAGAAAAGAAAGAGGUUAUUAAAAACUUCAAUGAAAUGAAAGAAAACAUUCUUCGGAAAUGUAAAGUCAGUUGUCAAACGGAAAACUUUGAAUUUGUUGAUGCAUUAAUAGAAAUGGAGAGGACAUACACAAAGCUUUGUGGCUCUGAGUAUACCUUUAUUCACGACUCUAUGUUUGAAAUCAUUGCUUAUCAUUUUGGUUGUCAGUGUCCAGAUCUGAUUUUGCAGUAUAUUAGCAGUAGUUACAUUGCUAACAAAAUGAAAGUCUGUGGGGGUGAAAAACCAAGUGGCGAAGAGCAAAAAGUUUCUGGUAGUGCUAGAACUGUGUCAUUUGAUCUCUGUAUAAGGUUAAGAGAAGGUCAUUAUCCGAUAUUAGCAAAGCGCUUAUAUAGCGAUAUAGAAAAUAUGGAACUGUAUGAUGUUUUUAUGAAUAAUGUUUUAAAACAUCCUAAGGUAUGCGAGGCUUUUAUAGAGGUGUUAAAAACAAAGACUUACACAGAGUUGAAAUCUUUAUUUCUGUCAGAACAGGAAGAUGUGUCUAAUGUGGUGAGUAAAGGAUUUCAUGUAGCAAAAGAGAGUAUUCAGAGGGAUAAGAGGAGCAAAGAGUGGUGCAGACAGGAGGUGUUGGUGAAUGAAAGAGGUAUAAUAGAAAAUACAUACAGUGUGAGAGUUAUUAUGUGGGUGGUUUGCUACGGUCACAGUCAGAUCCUUCGAUAUAUUUUGGAACAAACCGAUUUACACAAAGAAACAUUUAUUGAUCUUUUUUUGAAUUCCUUUAGCCCCAAUAAUGCAAGAAAUCAAAAACAGGACAAUGAGCUGUCUGUUUCUGAACAUGGUCGUCUAUUUUUAUUGAGUUGCUAUAGUGGAGAUUUAGAGACUGUAAGAAUGUUAAUCAAGUAUGUUGAUAUACAAACAACAAACAAGAAAAGGCAAUAUAUGUUUUAUGAUUCACCACUGACAGCUGCAUGUGGGGCUGGACAUAUUAGUAUAGUGAAGGAGCUUAUGGAGAGAGGAGCUGACAUCAAUCAACAAAGUGAGGAUGAUACACCACUCUCAGCAGCAUCUGGGGGUGGACAUAUGAGUGUAGUGAAGGAGUUAAUAGAAGCCGGGGCUGAUAUCAAUCUGCAAGGGACGUUUGAUACACCACUAACAGCAGCAUGUGAAGGUGGACACAUGAGUGUAGUGAAGGAGCUACUAGAAGCCGGAGCUAAUAUCAAUCAGCAAGGUCAGUAUGAUACACCACUGACAGCAGCAUAUAAGGGCGGUCAUUUAAGCAUAGUAGAGCACAUACUGAAAGCCGGAGGUGAUAUCAAUCCACAAGAUAAAUUUAACACACCAUUGACAGCAGCAUGUGAGGGAGGGCAAAUAAGUGUAGUGAAGGAACUACUAAAAGCCGGAGCUGAUAUCAAUCAGCAAGGUAAAAAUGAAACACCAUUGACAGCAGCAUGUAAGGGGGGACAUGUGAGUGUAGUGAAGGAGCUUAUAAAAGCCGGAGCUGAUGUCAAUCAGCAAGGUAAGUUUUAUACACCACUGACAGCAGCAUGUGAGGAGGGACAUAUGAGUUUAAUGAAGGAACUUAUAAAAGCCGGAGCUGAUGUCAAUCCACAAGGUAAGUGUUAUACACCACUGACAGCAGCAUGUGAGGAGGGACAUAUGAGUGUAGUGAAGGAACUUAUAAAAGCCGGAGCUGAUGUCAAUCAGCAAGGUACGCUUAAUACACCACUGACAGCAGCAUGUGAGCGUGGACAUUUGAGUGUAGUGAAGGAACUUAUAAAAGCCGGAGCUGAUGUCAAUCAGCAAGGUACGCUUAAUACACCACUGACAGCAGCAUGUAAGGAGGGACAUAUGAGUGUUGUGAAGGAGCUUAUAAAAGCCGGAGCUGAUGUCAAUCAGAAAGGUAUCUUUUAUAAACCACUGACAGCAGCAUGUAAAGGUGGACACAUGAGUGUAGUUAAGGUGCUACUAGAAGCCGGAGCUUAUAUCAAUCAGCAAGGUAAGUUUAAUACACCACUGACAACAGCAUGUAAGGAUGGACAUAUGAGUGUUGUGAAAGAGCUACUAGAGUUGGGAACUGAUAUCAAUCAGCAAGGUCAGUAUGAUACCCUACUGACUUCAGCAAGUAAGGAUGGACAUAUGAGUGUUAUGAAGGAGCUAAUAGAAGUCGGAGCGGAUGUCAAUCAGAAAGGUGAGAAUGAUACACCACUGACUGCAGCAUGUGGGGGUGAAAUAUGAGUGUAGUGAAGGAGAAGCAGCUACUAGAAGCCGAAGCUGAUAUCAAUCAGCAAGAUGAGUUUGAUACACCACUAACUGUAGCAAGUAAGGGUGGACAUAUGAGUGUAGUGAAGAAGCUAAUAGAAGCCGAAGCUGCUAUCAAUCAGCAAGGUGAGAAUGAUACAUCACUGACUGCAGCAUGUGGGGGUGGACAUAUAAAACUAAAAGACGCAGGAUCAGAUAUUUAUUUUAACAAAGCAUUUAUCAUACACCAAUGACAAUCGCAUUUGAGGAUAAACACAGUUUCUACAAACAUCAAUGUAAGUCAG